GUUACUAACGCCUCAAAAAAAACUCGAAUGGUGUGAUUAAAAAGAGUUAUGUUUAAAAACUUAUGGCAAAAUAACUUUAUUUCGGUCAAUUUUUAUCAAAAUUUUGUUGAAACAAUUGCUAUUUUCAUUAUUUAAUAAUACAUCGUUUCACUAAAAAGAAAGAGGAGUUUUCUGUCAAAAAUGCACGAUGAAUUGACAAAAUUUACAAAGAUAGUUGAAACUUUAAAAGAACACGAGAAACACACCGGAUUGGAAUAUUACCCAUUUAAUAUUGGAAAUUAUAAUGAACAAGUCAGUACUUUUUUUCAGUUAAAUUAUCCAAAAGACACGGUCGCCUUUUGUGUGUUAAGUUCACCAUCAUGGUUUGAAACAAUAUUUUUGCCUUAUAUAAAACAUAAUAAAUUUUUAUCUGGAAAUCAAGAUCCUUUGGACCAAUGUAUAUCCAGUCUUUUUAUUGAGCUUAAAGAUCAAUUUGCUCAAGAUAGUUAUGAAAUUGAUGUUAUUCAUGAUUUUGACAUGGGCCCCACAAGAAAACCAAAAGUUUUAGUUCAAACAGCUGGUCAUGUUUCAGGUGCUGCAUAUUACUACCAAAAAAAAGAUGUGGAUUAUCCAGAUUGGAAAGAUAAAAAAUUAUAUGGUGUAAGUAUACACCCUGUUUAUGGUGGCUGGUUUUCAUUUCGGGGAGUGUUAAUUUUUAGAAAUUUCCAAAUGCAACUUGAGAAAAAGAUACCUGAAGAUAAUUUAAACCAUGAACAAAAAGUUAACCUUUUAGAAUUAUAUAAUUACAAGUGGAAAGAUUUUCAGUAUCGUAAUGUUAAUUCUCCAAAAGAAAAAUAUUCUGAAAAACAACAGGAAUACUUUAUUACAAAACCUUCUGAUAGGUGGACUUUAAUUAAUAGCUGGAAUAAUUCAAACAUAAGUUAAAUUAAAGAAAAAAGAAACCUUCAGAAAUAAAUACAUUACAAAAAGUCAAUAAGUACGACCUUUUUGUUAAGUUUGUUACAAUAUAAAAUUUUGUGUUUCCUGCAA